AUGGACACUUCCCACAAACCGUGGUGGAAGCGAGUUCACCUUCGGUACACUGUGGCUAACAUCGGUCUCCCUCUGUUUGUAUUAUACCACGCUCCCAAUAUAGCCUUCCAGGAGAAAACUCGCGUGUGGACUUUCAUAUAUGUCCUCGCGACCGGGUUCAGUGUCACAGCCGGCUAUCACCGUCUCUGGAGCCACCAGUCGUACAAAGCAUGCCUUCCACUGCGUAUGUUCUUCGCAGCCGUGGGCGCCGGAGCCCUCCAGCUUCCCAUCCGCAUGUGGGCCGCCGAUCACCGCGCCCACCACCGAUUCACUGACACCGACCGAGACCCCUAUAAUAGCAAGAAAGGGCUAUGGCAUUCACACAUAGGGUGGGUCCUGACUUAUGACUCGACUCGACUCGGUAAAGGCGAAGGAAUCGAUAUGUCCGAUCUAGACCGUGAUGCGGUCGUCGUCUGGCAGCGACGGAUCUACUAUCCACUGGCAGGAUUCAUGGCGUUCGUCUUUCCGGCAUGCGUGGCCGGGUACUUGUGGGGUGACUGGGCCGGCGGGUUCCUGUAUGCUGGGUGUCUGCGCGUAGUGAUUGUCUGGCAUAUGUCUCACUGCAUCAACUCGUUGGCACAUUGGGCGGGACACCAGCCGUACUCGGCGCGAAACACUUCGCGGAACCAUGCACUGUUGGCUGUCUUGACGUUGGGAGAGGGGUAUCAUAAUUAUCAUCAUGCUUUCCCCCGAGAUUAUCGGAACGGGCCCCAGUGGUUCGAUUUUGAUCUGACGAAGUGGUGGAUCUAUUUGUUGGAGGUUGUGGGGUUGGUUUGGAAUGUGAAGAGAAUUGGUGUUGGAGCUGCUCAUGCUAAGGCAAAAGUCAACCUACAAGGGUAA